UGAGGGAAAAAUCCCGUUGCGAAAUCAAGCACGUAUGUUGUCAUUUUCGCAACGACCCGUUGUUAUAUUUUUCAACAACGGCUGUUGGUGAAUUGUGCACGAACGUGCUCAAAUUGACACCGAGACGUGGUCAACUUUCGGUACCAACAACAGCCGUGCUUAAUUUGUCCAUUUGUAAUAUUGGUAAUUGCAGCCGAUUACACACGAGUAAAAAAUGACAACGGUGGUGCAUGAUUCACACACGGUCGUUGUCAAUAUGACACCGGUCGUGUAUGAAUUAUGCACCACCACCUGCAUAAUGAUGCACCACCGUUGUUACUUUGUACACCGACGUGCAUGAAUCGUACACGAUCGUUGCCAUUUUAGCAACUACCGUGUAUGAAUCAUGCACCACCGUUGUCAUUUUUUUUACUCGUGUGCAAUCGGCUGCAUAUUUACCAUUUUUUCCGUGUUAUUGAAAGAGAAAGGACGCAUUGUGCAAAAAAUUUAUUGAAAAUGAAUAAUAAUUCGCAAGAUCCUCAAAAUAUCAUUGGUGAGUUGUUAGAAAUCGAUGGCAAUAUUGUUGUGGUUCGCGAUACAAACCAUUGCAGCAGUCAAGAUGCGGAAAACAAUGAGGACGAUUAUAUGUUAAGGGAGUUCUUAAAAGGAAUAAAUAUGGAGUCGCUUUUUGAACAAUUAAAAGCAUCACAUGUAACAUUUCGCAGCUUGCAGUACUUGAAAAAAGAAGAUUUAAAGGAAGCAGUGCCACCAUUGGGACUGCGUGUUGAAUUCAGAGAAAAGCUCUUUGCUUGGAAAAAACGAAAGCUCGGGAUUGAUGACGAAACUAUGUCAGUUCCAUCUAAAAUAGGUGAAUGGUGGAAACGCAACGAGACACCUGCAAGUACUCCUGGUACUCCCGACACUACAGGUUCGAACUGCUCAAAAGCCAAAGGAAUUUUGUCAGAGGAUCUAACGGAAUUGUUAACACAUACCUCGAAGGGGAAACUAGCGCUUGAAUGUAGUAGCGUUAAUAAGAAAUUAAGUGACGAGCAAAGAGAUGAUAUAAUUAAUAUAAUUAUUGAAGAUAUUUUAACCAACAAUGUUACUCUUUACACUCAAGACUAUAUGCGCAUAUUGGAUGAAAUUUGUUCCGUUUUUCCUCUUGAAAACGAAAUGAGGGAUUAUUAUUACAUUUCAAGAAAAGGAAAGAACAACGCAAGCGGAAAACUUUAUGCCAAGUAUAGAAACAAGAAGUCCAAAAGAAUAAAGCUUUUGAUUUCCGAGCCUAGCACAAGCAAAGCAGCAACUCACACAUCUCCUAAUUUUUGUAACAAAGAUGUUCCCGAAAUUGAUGAAUCAGUUGAAAAUUCAUUGAAAGCUUCCUUACUAAGAGAAUGUAAUGAUUGGGGAUCGAUCUGCGAAAAAUGGAAAAGAUCUUUUAACAUACGGCAAAGAGAUAUAAAAAAUUUAAGUAGCCAUACAUUUCUCCUUGAAUGGACGAAGUUGUCCGAUGCAAGAGCUUCAGAAUUGGUCAACAUUGAUUUCGAUAUUAUGUAUCCACAGAAAGGCAAUCUUCUACUUUCUAAAUGGGACCAAUUUAAGAAAAAAAUUUACAAUUAUUAUGGGAAAAAUAUUCAUAACGAACAUUGCAAACAACUCUUCGCAAAUGUUUUGACGGCAAGCAGCAUAGAUGCUCAAGAUUAUAUAUACGCAAUACUGUUGAAUUCAGUUUUACCAUCACCUGCUAGGUUUAAAUGUGGAAACGGUAAAUUACGAAAAAAGUAACAAUAGCUGAUUCGCAGGAAAGUUUCGUACUGCGACUACCGACAAUUAACGAUUAUAAAAGGCAAAUUGAUACAGUCACUGAAAAGUAUUACAAUGCUGGAUUAACUAUACAGCCAUUUAUAAUUGUGGAGGGUUUGUCCGAUUUCAAUAUAAAAGGUUUUUAUGUUUUUUUUAACCACAAUUUGUUAAAAUUUCAAUCGUUCCUCGAAUGUUUAGAUACAUGUUUUAAAAUUUUUCAUGCACUUUCUUUAAAAUAUCCAAAUGCCUGCCAAAUUCCAUGGAUUUUUAUCCAAAAAUAUUUUUAUGAAAUUAAUACUGUAUAUGAUAUAAAAUCAGUUAAUUUGACUUCACUUAUUAAUUUCUGCAACAAUAAUUAAAGUACAAUUCAAAAUGUAUAUUUGCAUUCGUUGCCGUAAGCAUUUUGAUAAGGCAAAUCUUUUAAUAGCUCAUUUGAAAACAGACCAUUUAAUGUCCACUAAAUUUUUAAAAGUACAAUGCGUUCAGGACAACUGUAAGCAAACAUUUACAAAAUUUACGUCAUUCAGAAUUCAUUUAGAAAAACUUCACAAGAAUCACACAAAAGCUCCACCAAUGGUUAAAGCCAUUAAUGUGCCAGUUGAAAUGUCAUCAUCAAAAGAAAAUGAUUAUACAAACAGUGAAACUGUUAUUAACAACAAUACAAUAGAAAAGGAUUUAAAUGUUUUGAAAAAGAAAACCUUAUAUCUGUCUUUACAAUUACAUGGUCAAAGCUAUAUGCCUAGAAAUCAUGUUAUAGAAAUACAACAUUCUGUUUCAAUUCUGCUUUCAUCCAUUUCAUGUACAAUUGAAAAAUAUAUAACUGAUCAUCCAAAUUAUGAAGACUUAAGGUACUUACUAAACUUUUGUAAAAAUCCUUUCGAAGAAACUAGAACGGAAUAUAGACUUUUAAAAAUUUUAAAAGAACUAAACUUUUAUGAUGAUCCAAAGGUUUAUGUAAUUAGCAAUCAAGUCUCGGAAAUUGUUAUCAGCGGAAAUCCCAGUUUAGGUCCAAAGUUAUCCAAUAUUUAUAUAAUGCCACUGAAAUUCAUGAUAAGUGCCCUUUUUAAAAUUCCAAAUCUCUUAGAUUUGACAUUAG